AUGUCCGGUCUUAUUAUCUUCCAAUGCCAUCCAGUAUCAAACUUCUGGAAAGAGAUGCAGCUGUUCGAGUACCGAGAAGGUUGCUUGCCAAACGAGCCCGACAUGGUCUUGCUUCACGGAAUCUUCAGUGUCGUUCUAGAUAUAAUCGUUCUUGUCCUACCCGUACCAGUUGUUCUCCACUUGAGCCUACCUACAAAGCAGAAAGUUGGAUUGAUUGCCAUGUUCUCACUUGGCUUGAUAGUCUGCUUGGCUGGGUGUCUCAGAAUUGUUAGCAUUCGAAACACCAUCUUAACACUAGACGUCUCUUGGUAUGGUUACGACUUGUAUAUUUACACAUCUACUGAAGCACACGUCGGUAUUAUUUGUGCCUCGAUCCCAUCUCUAAAACCUCUCAUCGCUGUCUUCUUCCCUAGACUUGCAGGAACGACAUACGGCGCCGGUAGUAGGCGAAGAUCCAAUCUUCCUGAUGAAUUCGCAGGAACUGGCAGCCGCGCCGCCCGUAAUUCGAAAGGUUACCCUUUGAACAGCCUCGUCGGUAGUGAAGAGACCGUCUACAUCAGACGAGAUGAAGAGUCCGGCCCAACACCACCUUGGCCCUUAGCAAGGACUAAAACUUCAGCUACCCUGCCCAUGGAUGGGGUAUUAAAAACAACAGAAAUAGAGCAGGUAGUUGUUUUGAGAGAUGCACCGUUUAGAUAA